GGCACCAGGGUCCUGACUGAUGUCACAGAGUCCACCUCAGUGGAUGUGCUGUUGACAAACCUCAUCAGGGGGAAGCUGCUUCCCUCUGCUCACCUCUGGAUAACCACACGACCUGCAGCAGCCAAUCAGAUCCCUCCUGAGUGUGUGGACAUGGUGACAGAGGUCAGAGGGUUCACUGACCCUGAGAAGGACCAGUACUUCAGAAGGAGGUUCAGAGAUGAGGAGCAGGCCAGCAGGAUCAUCUCCCACAUCAAGAGCUCCCGAAGCCUCCACAUCAUGUGACACAUCCCAUUCUUCUGCUGGAUCACUGCUACAGUUCUGGAGGAUGUGUUGGCAACCAGAGGGGGAGGAGAGCUGCCCAAGACCCUGACUGAGAUGUACAUCCACUUCCUGGUGGUUCAGACCAAACUGAAGAAGGUCAAGUAUGAUGGAGGAGCUGGGACAGAUCCACACUGGAGUCCAGAGAACAGUGAGAUGAUCCAGUCUCUGGGAAAACUGGCUUUUGAGCAGCUGCAGAAAGGCAACCUGAUCUUCUAUGAGUCAGACCUGACAGAGUGUGGCAUCGAUAUCAGAGCAGCCUCCGUGUACUCAGGAGUGUUCACACAGAUCUUUAAAGAGGAGAGAGGACUGUACCAGGACCGGGUGUUCUGCUUCGUCCAUCUGAGUGUUCAGGAGUUUCUGGCUGCUCUUCAUGUCCAUCUGACCUUCAUCACCUCUGGAGUCAAUCUGCUGGUGGAAGAACAGUCAACAUCCAGCAGGUCUGAACUGUUUAGAGACAAACCUCAACUAAAACAUCUCCACCAGAGAGCUGUGGACGAGGCCUUACAGAGUCCAAAUGGACAUCUGGACUUGUUCCUCCGCUUCCUCCUGGGUCUUUCGCUGCAGACCAGUCAGACUCUCCUACGAGGCCUGUUGACACGGACAGGAAGUGGCUCACAGACCAAUCAGGAAACAGUCAAGUACAUCAAGAUGAAGAUCAGUGAGAAUCUGUCUCCAGAGAGAAGCAUCAACCUGUUCCACUGUCUGAAUGAACUGAAUGAUCGGUCUCUAGUGGAGCAGGUCCAACAGUCCCUGAGAUCAGGAUGUCUCUCCACAGAUAAACUGUCUCCUGCUCAGUGGUCGGCUCUGGUCUUCAUCUUACUGUCAUCAGACAAAGAUUUGGACGUGUUUGACCUGAAGAAAUACUCUGCUUCAGAGGAGGCUCUUCUGAGGAUGCGACCUGUGCUCAGAGCCUCCAACAAAGCGCUGCUGAGCAGCUGUGACCUGUCAGAGAGAAGCUGUGAAGCUCUGUCCUCAGUUCUCAGCUCCCAGUCCUCUAGUCUGAGACACCUGGACCUGAGUAACAACGACCUGCAGGACACAGGACUGAAGCUGUUGUCUGUUGGACUGGGGAGUCCGGACUGUAGACUGGAAAGUCUCAGGCUGUCAGGCUGUCUGGUCACAGAGGAAGGUUGUGCUUCUCUGGCCUCAGCUCUGAGCUCCAACCCCUCCCAUCUGAGAGAGCUGGACCUGAGCUACAACCAUCCAGGAGCCUCAGGAGUGAAGCUGCUGUCAGCUGGACUGGAGAAUCCGCAGUGGAGACUGGACUGUCUCAGGGUGGACCAUGGUGGACCACAGUGGAUGAGACCUGGUCUGAGGAAGUAUUUCUGUGAACUGGAACUGGACACAAACACAGUGCACAGAAAACUACGACUGUCUGACAACAACAGGAAGGUGACAGGGGUCGAGGAGGAUCAGUCAUAUCCUGAUCAUCCAGACAGAUUUGACCACUGGCCUCAGCUACUGUGUAGAUCUGGUGUGACUGGUCGCUGUUACUGGGAGGUCGAUUGGAGAGGAAGAGUCUCUAUUUCAGUGAGUUACAGAGGAAUCAGGGGGAAAGGAAACACUGACUAUUGUUUUGGAUGGAAUGAUCAGUCCUGGAUACUGUUCUGCUCUGAUGAUGGUUACUAUGUCAGGCACAAUAAGAUACAAACAUUCAUCUCCUCCUCCUCCCCCUCCUCGGUGUCUCACAGAGCAGCAGUGUAUGUGGACUGUCCUGCCGGCACUCUGUCCUUCUACACCGUCUCCUCUGACACACUGAUCCACCUCCACACCUUCAACACCACAUUCACUGAACCUCUUUAUCCUGGGUUCAGGAUCUGCUCUCCUGGUUCCUCAGUGUCUCUGUGUGGUAUGUAGGUGUGAGUCUCCUGUGGACACAAACUCUAGCUGAAGAUCAGCUGCUGAGGUCAAAGGUCACUCUGUUCCCCAUCCCACGCUCUGCACCGUGAAGCAGAUCUGUCUCCGACUCAGACACCAAACACUCAUCUGUCUGAUUUCACCACUUUGACC